AUUCAGCACCUCUCAGCAAAACUAGUAACAAAUGCACUGGUAAUUGGUACAUCACUUUCACACAAUUAUCUUUUUAUCCUAUAGUUCAGUAAAAGAUGAGCUGUCUCCAUAGCAACUUCUAGAAUUCAGGAUUCCUAGAGGGAUGACUGCAUUAAAGUAGAAUAAUGUGCUUCAGUUACCUAUCUCCAAAUGCGACCAGAGCAAGGUGCCCCAGGAAAGAUGUAAAAAUAUCCCAAACAUUUUGCAAGAGUAAGUUUAUAAAACAAGGAACUUCACCAGAUACACAAGUUGAAGUUCAGUACAGCAGUUGAAUAAGGGAGUUGUUCUUACAUCAUACACUUCUUAUCUUGGGGAAGCAACAGAGAAUAAACUACAUGACAGAUGCUAGCCACAACGUUUAGGUUUGUUCAAAUCUUUUACGCUAAAAAGAAUCGAGAAAAUGUGAUUAAAUGAAUAAAAAACUGUAACAAAGUGAGAUUAAGGAACUACUCAGAAUUUCAGACUUACUGAAGCCUUCAAACAAUGCCCACACUAAUUUAUAGCUCAGUACAUUCAUUUUUUUAAGCUCAGGUGUGAUACCAUAAGAAUUCUUAGGGAGUUAUUACGCCCAGAAAUGCAAAGCAACUAGGGUGAAGUGAAUGCAAUUCUUUAUGAGGUUCACUGUGAUACAACAGCAGCUCUGAAAUCUAUGGCAUUAGCAUUUGACUAUAUUGUAGGAUACUGUAAUGGAGAACAAGCCCUCACAGCUAGCCCAGAGAAAUUUGGGAGUCAGGUUUUUUUCAUGGAUAGAGAGAAAGCAAACAAAGGUUAGAUGGCAGACUGGGCAAUGACUACGCAGUCUCAUGCAUUAAGCAUCGCUGCAUACCCAUUAAAAGAGUCAGAAAGAGGUUUUUGCAACAAGCAGCUCCUGCUAUAUUCAAGCUAGAGCUACAUAUGCAAACCUAUAUACUGUCUAGAUUAAUUUCAGACUAGAGAACAGCAUAAGAAUUAUUUCCAACUCAUAUUUAGAGAUUGUGAGGAUUUUCACAUUGUGUCAGAUGAAGACUUAUGAAUUUGUACUCAAAGUUUCCAAGCAUAAACCUUAGCUAUCCUACCAUUUCUUAGUGGCCAAGAAAUUCAAUAAGUCAACUGCUGUAUCACAAGUGCAACCUGACUCAUUCACUCAGUGUGAAGAUGAAACACAUUCACAUAGGAGACUAUUUUUUAAUAUCAGAUUCUUAGCUUUCCUUGAGUUAAUUUGCUUAUAUGACUUUGUAUAUAUGAAAGCGUGCCAGCUGUGUAAAUUUCUCUUUUUCCCAUUUAUUUUUUCAAGAGCCAUGCUUCAAAGGACAAGAGGAUUUUUUUAAACUCAACUCAGCAUGUAGAUACUUUAAACUCAGGGAAAAAAAUUCUAAGGCUAGCCCUAGUUAAAUUAAAGGAAAAGCAUGGCUGCUUUCAGUGGACUUGAUCAGGCAUUUGGUUAGGACAAAUCAGGGGCUAAGACAGCUAUUGGCUUCUUAAGUGUGCAAAUCUGGUAUUAAGAUAUUUAAAGUACUUUCCAGUAUUCUUUAGAUUCCUGGGAAGUCCCAACUCUCUGCCUAAAACUAAAAAAACCACAGGAAUUGUCCCUGCAGGAAUCUUUGCUUUGAAUUAGGGACUAUCAGUUGUCCAGUCAAAUAUAUUCCAUUUUUAGUAUAACUGUUGAAAAUACAGUUCAAAUCUCUAGCGUCAGUGCAAAUCUGGAACAAGUACACUGACAGCCAUGACUAUCCUCAAAAUACAACAGUUUAAUUGAUAUUAAAAAAAAAUUAUAUACAAUUUCUGAUACUUUUUCUCUAAGAUAUUAAGACAAAAUUCAAGAGAAGACAUUCUCAUGGAAGAAUGCUGAAGUAACAGCUUCCCCUGAAGCCACUCCAAAGAACUGAAACUCCAAAGAACUGAAAACAAGGCUCUUAUUGUGUGUUUUCUGUUCCAUCACUUUAAGUUGAAUGGGGUAAGGGGAAAAAGGUCUGUAAGAUGAUCACUUUCUGUUAAAUUCAUAUUACUAAUGAGUCACUUUGAAAACAGAACAACUAAUUUCAUUCCUUUUUAGUCUUAUUAUGGGGUAUUACCACUGUCUGUACAGAUGCAAAAUGGUGCCUUUGCCUACACUCUGCAUUUGUUACCAAACCAUAGCUGGAACAGUGAAAUUGCUACAAUCCUGCGGCCAAAGAAAGAUAUCACUAUGGAGAUUUUCACUCCUUUUAUGCAUUACAGAAGAUGCCACGCACAAGUUUGCUCUGCAAGCCAGCAAGAGCCCACAAGUGAGACGAAUCCUGCAUUACUUCCAUGUAUGAGCAAUCUUUAUUUCAGUUUUAUUCCUAAGUAUGGAUUUUUCCAAGGAAUCCCUAGCCUUGUAUCUGCAUCUCUAGCAUGUUUUUAGUAGCACUGAGUAGAAGAAUAUCCUAAAAAGACAGGUUAGAGAAGGAGUCUUAUUUCCAGUUACAACAGCAUAAAACUUUUUGAAACACACAGCAGCAACAUAGCUAUGCUUUAAUAUCUAAUGCUGCACACUCCAUAUUUUAGUAGGCUGCUUAUGGAAAUCUAUGCCAAGAAAAAAUGAAUUGUAAGACAGAAACUGUUCAGUUCCUUUAGAGUAAGAACCCAUGGUAUAAAUUUAAAGAUAAUCUAUUAUAUUUUUCAUUUUAUUUCUUAGCUUGAUAAACUCUCUUCGCAUUUAUUCUGUAGUGCUCAUGUUAUAGAAAAUACCUAAGCUUCUGCCCAUAAAGAAAAAGAAAAAAGCCUCCCUUCUUCUAUGCUAGUUUAAAUAAAAUCCAACACAGUCUCCUUAGAGAAUGGAAUAGCAGUAAGUUCUGUGAGUCCAGUACAGAUAUAAGAAGGUCAGCAAGUAAUCAUCAGAGUUUUAAAGUGCACGGAAAACGCAGAUCCCUGACAUCAAUGAAAAAAGAAAACACAAGAAAAGAAAAAAAACAGCAACACACAUCACCUACAUUACCUCACAGCUAUUUGCAUAAGGGUCCAGAGGCAGUAUAAGUACAGAGACACAAGCUAUCCAAAGAGAACUUAGCAACGGUUCUAUUGGAUGCUGCCUGUUUCUGUAGCAGAAGAGCAACUUUGAAGCUCAGAUGUGCAAACAGCUUUAAAGGCAGAUGCAUCCAGCAAAAGUCUAAAACUACAAACCAGUUGCAGGAAAUCAGAAUGCCAUCUAUCCAACUGCCAGUGCUACUCCUUUGCCUGACCUUGUCUGGCGUUUGCCUCAACGGCAGGCAGUCCCCUCCAGAAGUAAGAGAAAAAAUGGGAAGAAGUUCCCUGGAUGACAUCCUGCAGAGAUCUGGGAGCCACAUGCUUCAAUCUGCCGUCAAGAAACUUGAGAAGAAAGAAGAGAUGAAUAAAGAAUUAAAUGUGCCUCUGCCACAGUGGCUUUCAAAAAGACAACACCCUGGAAAAAGAUACAUAAGUGACCUAGAGAAGAGACAGCAUCCUGGAAGAAGAGAUGUUGAAGAGGCGGCAUCUUUUGGAGACAUUCAGAAGAGACAGAAUUUAGGGAAAACAGAAGGCUACCUUGCCAACUACCUGGAGCUGAAAAAGCGACAGCAUCCUGGCAGAAGGUCACUGUGGGACCAGUCCACUGACAUCUCUAAUUCACAGCUAACUUACUUAAAUGAGUUAUCCAAGAGGCAGCAUCCAGGCAGAAGAUACCUGAUGUAUAAGCACCAGCAUCCUAGCAAGAGAAGCUGGAAUGAUGAGCUAGACCUAGGUGAUCAAAACUGGGAGAAACACCAGAACUUUGGAAAAAGGAACAGGGAUUCUGACAGCCCAGAUUAUGCAGGUCCCUGUGACCUUCAGCAGUCUGCCAUUUGUAACAAAGGUAGCUGGUUGCUUGACUUAGCAGAAAAAUUUAGUAAAGAGAGGUUAGAAGAAAAGCGUCAGCACCCAGGAAGGAGGUCAGCAUGGGAGAACGAAACAGAGGAAUGAGAAAGCAAUUGUUUAUCAUUUGAAUAUGGUGAAGUAAAAUGACAGAACACUAAAAAAUUAUAUUUAUUCCCUUCUGGCUUCCUGCUGCUGACCUCCAAACCUAUCUUUCAGUGAUUGAGUGUCCUCAUUUAAACCAGUGGUUUUGUCACACACCUGAAGUAAAGGAACUGGGAAGCACUCAGCUGAAUGGCCUAGGUGAGUAGUGAGUUUUCACCUCACUCUGUGAAAUUAAGAGUAGUCAGUUCCUUUAUGGGCCUAGAGACUAGAAUAUUCACGUUAUGUAUGAACUACCACAGGCUCUUUAAUAUCUGUUCUGAUGUUACUACAGUAAUUACAUCAUUUCCUCUCGUGUCAGUGAAAUCAGUACAUAAUUGGGGAAAAAAAAGAGCAUAUGCAAACGUUUUCAAAAUGAAACUGAGUGGGCUUUCAAUUCUAAAUGAUAUGUUAAUGAGACCUCAUAUGCAUUACAAUCUAUCCAAAAUAAGAACUGAACAGAUAAGGAGACUGCUCCAACUGCAACAGAUAAGAUGACUGGCUUCAUACUUCGACUUGGAACUGAAAAACAAAAAUUUCAUAUAGGAAGGUGCAAAGGGUUAAUGCAUCCCAGAGCAACUCAAUCUCCCAGUUGUGACUUUGGCUGUGUACACCUCACCUCAGAGCCCCCAUCCUGAUGUGUUAACAUUUCAGUCAUUCUCCUUGAAAUAUGCCUUCUCCUUAGAUAUAUAAAAUGGAAACAAAAAGAAAAUCCUUUCUUCUGACACGAUUUCUGAUUUCUCCCCUCUCAAAGGAAUGUUUUCCCUUCUGUAAUGACACUCACAAAAGUGUUUAUUUGAUAUAAAAGAUUCAACAAACAUAAAAAGUAAACUCUGUGUCCUUACUGGUUGUGCAAGCAUACUGUAAUAGAGAGAAAAAAAACAAUCCAAGCUAAGUCAAAAUAAAUAAAUGAACACUAGGAGAUACUUUUCUAGGUAGAAGCUUCUUGCAUGCUGGUCAGCCUUUGUUUACUACCUGUAUGACACACGGGAACAGACACCCGGGUUAAGCCCGCAGACAUUUUGUCACCCAGUUCAUAAGGAACUUCAGUUGUUUGAGUCUGGUCUUGGCAGGCAAAACUGGUUAGAAGUAGACUUGUUUUAAACAAAAGAAAGCUCAACUGAUCUAUGCUGCUCAAACCUUCUGAGUUCCAUAACAUUUUGCAACUUAGUUAUACAGCAAGUCAUGCUAGCAGGCAAAUCACUGGAGAGGAAAACGAGAAUUCAGUGGUCUUGGGACACACGCUUGAUAGAUGGCUUUGUUAUAGCUGAGCUUUACUAGAUGUGAUUGAUUACUAUGCACGCACACAUGCGCAUCUCUUAGAAUUGUAUAAACAAUCAUUUAUUUGAAAUUAAAAUACCUCUAUAUGUAUUUGCAUGGUCUGCAAACACCAGUCUUCUGUGUUUUGUUCAAGGUUUCUGUUUUAAAGAGAUGUCAUUAUGUGAGGUACGUACUUCAUGCACUGUACUAGCAGUAGAGAGAACAAAAAUUACAAGUCUGAUUUCCUGUUCACAAGUCUAAACACAAGAUCUACUGAUUUUUUGCAACUAAUGCAUAUUUAUUGCAAAUUGAGAGUUAUUCACAUUAUUUUCCUGUACAUUUAAGUAGGUUACACCAUGUCAGUAUUUCACUAGAAUGUUCUCUUCUCAUAAUGAUCUCUUUCAAUAUCAUCAAGGCAUGUGAAAUACCUCCAAUGUUCUUUCUAAAACUGAUUGCUUCCUCACUCUGUCUCAGAGCACUUCCUCAGCUACAGAAAUCAGUGAUGCCAGUGGGCUUAGCUACCUUGAAGAAAAAUAAUUAACCACAUCAGCAAAUUUGACUGAAGUUACGUGCUUCCAUGCCGAUCAAUGCCCAGCAUGGCCUAUCAAACAAUUUCUAACUCUAGAGAUAAUGCAUUGUUUGAUAUAUGACAACUGGCAGACCUCUUCUGUGGACAGGGGCUUUCUAAUUAAUGAACGCAAAACAAAUCCUCUGAGGGGUGAGAUGGGAGCAUACUGUACUGUCUGAAUUUCUUCAGCAUAUUUUCACUGUAAGGUGCCUUUUAAAACAUUCAGGUUUCAUUUCAAAAGGGAAGAAAAGAUUUAUCUAAAGAAUACCAUUUCAUAUGCAAUUUCCUGCAAGGAAUGAAUGCUUCUUAAACAUCAAGAAAACUUGGUAGUACUACACAAUACCACAAUGCUUGCUAAAAAUAUGUAUAAAAUAAGGGGAAAAAAAACAGGAAAAAAAUAAUUACCAAGUGAGUAAAUAGGCAAUAGCAAAAAUGCAUAACAACAUCAAGAUUGUGCUUGCAAGACAGAAAUGCUGUGGAAUGGCUAAACAAAAGCCAGGGUUGAGGAAGGGAGAGAAGGGGGACUGCCUGAGAUCACAGUUGUUAUAGUGCAGCUGCAAACAGCCGGUUUGUCCUGCUUGGUUUUGCUCAUACAAUCUGCCAUCCUGAGUAAAUCACCUAUGAAAUUUAUUACCAAUAAAUCAAUCAAUUAUUAAGAAGUGUGUUCUCUCAGUGUUGUUAGCAAAAGCAAGCACAGAUGAUUUUAUGCAAGUCUAUUUUUUCCAACAGCUGUACUUUAGGCUCUGAGUGCUUCAGUGUAUACAGAACUGCCAUGUUCAAAAGCUAUCACUCUGACAGUUUUGAAGGAAUUGAUUUUAUUGGUUUUGAGCUUUUUCCCCUCCCAAAAGCAAAAUCUGAUAGGAUUUUACAGUAAGUAAGAUUUAUCAUUACUUCAUAGAAUCAUAAUUAUUAUUACAUCUGCAAUUUCUAAAAUCUCCCUUAAUUUAGAACAGCUUGUCUGGCUGGAAGCAGCAUAAUGUAAGCAGAUAGACACGAGGAGAGCUCUGACCUAUUUCAACUACUUUCCUAAAGUUUCACUUCUCUAACAAAACAUCUUUGGAAAAUGACACUAACACUCCCAGAGGUUCCUGGGCAUACGUAAAUAAUCCCCAUCCCAGCUGUUGAGAUGCUGAGCAGUUGAUUACAAAAGAACAGUAAAAGAGUCUUCAGAAUGAGCUUUGUUUUCAAAAGGAGGGGAAAGUUGGAGUGAACGUACUGUACAAUUAACAUUUCCUUCUUUUUUAACUGCUCUGACCGUUACUGCUCUAUUCCCCCCCACACACUUAGCAGCCUUGACCUC